AUGGAUCCCUUUGUCCUUACACAUCCAGACUUUGACAUCCAGAACUUCAUCGUAUCCGAAGAGGGCGAGCUCCGAGGUGUUAUCGAUUGGGAUGGGAUCGCUGCUGUGCCUCGUACUCUUGGCAACGAAAGAUAUCCCGGGUGGCUCAUGCGCGACUGGAACCCAGCUAUGUACGGAUAUAAGGAGUCUAUGGAACAUGGGUGGAACCAGAAGGUGUAUGGGAAGAUUCGCCCGAAUCUCUCGCCUGCUACCGCGGUAUCUAUGAUGAUAUAA